CGAUGGUUGCGGCCAGUCGAUUGUGGGCAAUAACGCAGAACGGAACGGUUGUUCGAACGGUGCGCGAUUUCCAGCAAACAGCAAAGUUUGAGGAAGAAAAAACGAAUAAGUGUCGUCGAGUGUGUCACUUCAUGAGUUCUCACGUGUCGUUUUUAAAGAUCUGCCGGCAGUGUAAUGGGUAGUGAAAAGAAUGUUGCCUUAAGAAGGCUUCCGUUGAUCGUGAUUAUUACUUUGGUGCUAGUGUCCAUCACCGCCAGUGCGCAAGAAUGUUCAUCACCCACCCUCAGCUUUGGCGGUCAAUUUCCUGUUGUUCCGGAAAUUUCGGCCAACGUCGGAGCAGGCUACACGCUGGCACAGCAUGACGUGUCCAACGUUAUUUCUGUGUCGACGGUGAAUUCAUUUUCACCUGAUUUACCGGUAUAUAUUGAUGCUGUGCUCGAGAACGGGAAGCUCAUCAUCAAGACGAAUCAACAGUUUACGAACUAUGAAAAGCAGGAGGAUACACUGCUUUUCCUAAACAAUGUCCUCUUCACAUGUGCGUCUGGAUCCGAACGGACUAUGACGUUCCGACAAUUCAUCAAGGAGGAGAACAAUCACGCUCCGCUAUUUGCUCAAGAAACGUACAACAUAGCAAUACCGCUACCGCUGCCCAGGGAGUUCAACAUACAACAGUUCAUUGCCGAUGGUAAAGGGAUCGUUGCGAAUGAUUAUGAUAUAACGAAGAAUACGAUAACAUUUUCCAUCGUGGAAAAUGAUUACUUUACCGUGAAAACAUCGGGCGGUUCAACGCGUACGGAGUUUAUAGCGAAUCUAAUAACGAAACAAACGCUGACGAAAAUAGAACCACCGAUCACGUUGCAGAUUACUGCUGUGGAUGCCGGAAGCCCUCCGAGAACAUCGCAAGCAAGCCUAAACAUUCAAGGUGACCCAGUGAUAGCAUUUACACCAGCUCCGGAGUUUGAACAAAACUUGUACCAAACAGUUUUUAAAAUUGGUGAUAAUUUCACUCCGGUUCGUAUCAAUUUGCUGCCGGGAACAUACGAUUCAACCGUACGAUUUGAAUCUUCCGGUGAAGAUGUCGAUUAUUUCACCAUUACACCUGCUACAGAUAGUGGCAGCGCCACGGUCACAUUACGCCCAGGUACAUCAAUCGAUGCGGAAAAGAAGCUGCUUGCUCUUACCAUCGCUGCCAGUCGCUCUGGAACGGAAACCGUGGGACGAACCGCACUGGUAGUGGAACUUUCAACUGAACCGAAAAUUGUGCCCACCUUCGAAGCAUCCCUGUACACCGGUACCAUCAAUCGCAACAAAGUGAUUCAACUCGAUAGCAUCAAACUGAUACCGUCCAGCAGUGAUAGCAGCGUGCGGGUAGAGCUGGCUGGAGAAGAUGCUCGGUAUUUCACUGUGACGUUGGCUAACAAUCAAGUUACUAUCGCACCAUCUAGUCAACUGACCGACGCAGUGUUGAAAGAGAAGAAUUUCUUUCAGGCGACUGUUCAAGCGGUCAAAACAGAUGUCGGUACGGGGGAAGCGUUGGUUAUUUUGUCGGUGGAAAAAAAUAACUUAAAAGAUCCACAUUUCGAACAGUUGGUAUAUGAAGGUACGGUUACGGAAUCUGGUGUAUUGGAUGUGCCGACGGUUCGAAUAUCACCUGACAGUUUCAUGCCAGGUUUGACCUAUAGCUACGCAGGCGAUAUUACGUUGUUCACGAUCAAUGCUGACACCAGCGGUACAAUCACUAUAGUAUCGAACAAUAUUACACCGGAAAAAUUGACAGACAAAAGCUAUAUCAUGCUUUCCAUCGUGACGAAGCUGGAUGACGACGAGGUAUCGCACGCUGUAGUCAUCCUCAAGGUACUACGCACUCUGGUAAAGUUACCUCAAUUUACCAAACCAUUCCUGCAGGGUGAGUUGAUUGAGAAAACGUUAACGGUAAACCUUCCGUACGUGGAACUUGCGCUGGAAUCCUUCUCAAGCGAUACCGUACUAAGGGUCGUCGAUGAUCGAUACUUCUUCGACAUUCUGGAAUUUAAUCCACGAAACGUAUUCCUACUGUACCUGCAUGGGAACGUCACCAGAAACAUGUUGCAAGGAAUCGAUCGACUUUCGUUUACGGUGGAAGCGUCCAAUCCGAAAUCGGAAAAAGUUUACUGUAUCGUUACGGUCGAUAUUGUUCGAACCGUACCAACUUUCGAACGACUGAUCUAUGAUGGUGUAAUUGAUGAGUCGAAACAGUUAGUUACAGAGAUGAUAGCAAAACUUACAACCGAAUCUACUGAUGUAAACAUUGUGUACGCGCUGGAAGGUGAAGAUGCGAGUUUCUUCGCACCUUUAGUACCAGUUACGAAUGGUGUACGCAUUCAACUGAAGCUACCGUUGAGUGACGAUGAGUUUGAUAGGCGUGAUCAUUUUCAGUUGAGUUUGAAAGCUACCAAUCCACAACUACCAGCCGACACGGUUGUACCGGUGAUAGUAUAUGUGAGGCAUUCCUUGGUGAAAAUUCCCCGUUUCGAAAAACCACUCUACAAGUCCCGCAUCGAUGUAAACCUGCAGCUUGUGCCGUUUGAGCAGAUUAAUGUUGAACGUGGCAGUUACGUUGAUGAGGCUACAGUGGCUAUCCGUAACAGCAACAAUGAGCUGUUCGAUGUGAAGCUACAGCAGGGAAUCGUUACUGUACAGCUAGCCAAGGAACUAGAUCAAGCAGCUGUGAAUGGUGUCAGCCGAUUCGAGUUUGUCGUGGAGUGCACUAACCCUGAACAGGCGUCCGGAUUCACUACCAUACUCGUCGAUAUUGAUCGUGUGAUUGUUCCCGAAUUUCCCGAUCUGUUUUACUCUGGAGAGAUUCAAGAGAACUCGAAGAACAUAACAUUUAACCGAAGAAUAGCUCUCUCACCGCAAACGAUCGUAAGCAAUACAGAGUACAAGGUAGAAGGACAAGACAGUGCUCUGGUUGCGUACCUGAAAUCAGACGAUCAAAGUCUAAGUUUCUUUUUGCGCGAUGAAGUGUCCCAGGAACAGUUAAAAGCACGCUCAGAAAUCGGUUUCAUAGUCGUUGCGACCAAUCCAGGCGCUGAUCAAAGAGCAACCGUUACCUGUUCGGUAAAAAUAGUGCGCGAAGUUAAACCCACCUUUACGAGAAGCUCGUUCCAUGGUAAAAUUGUCGAAGAAACAACCAGUGUCAAUUUUGGCAGUGUUCCAAUUGCUUGGGAAAGCGGAAGCAUUAAAGAAACAACCACGUUCACUAUCGUUGAUGCAAUUCCGAACGAUUUCUUUGACGCGAAGUUAGCCGAAGAUCGCAACACGGUCAACAUUGUUCUAAAGUCUGACGUGAAGUGGGAUCAGGUAAGAUCGGCCGUCUACUACCAAAUGCAGUUGCAAGCCGUAAAUCCCGGUUCCGAAACGACACAAUGUACGAUCGUGAUCGACGUUGAAAAUCUUCCCGCAAUCACACCCACCUUUACCAAAUCCAUUUACCGUGGUUCCCUGCAAGAAGGUACGAAGGAGGUGAUAUUUUCUGCUGCAGAAACAAUAACCGUACAACCGGAGACGAUCAUGUCCACCUUUCAAUACGCUGCUGGACCCGAAGGUGAUGCCAAUCUGUUCGAUGUGGUGCUGGUAGAGGACAACAAGUUUAAAGUGUCGCUCAAGGAUGGUAUCGAACCGAGUAUCAUCGAAGGACGCAAUAUGUUAAGCUUCAUCCUAACCAUCAACAAUGCGUACAGUGCGGAUGAUGCAGCGACCAUUGUGAUCAGCAUCAAGCUGGACGAUAUCAUUAUUCCAACAUUUUCGAAGCUGUUAUACAACGGUAGCAUCGUGGAGGGCACAAACGAAUUAAGUCUGCAAGAGACAAUUCUACUCAACACGGGCACAUUUACGGAUAACACCGAGCUAGGUAUCGGUGGAACUGAUGCAGCACUAUUUACCAUCUCUAGAGAGGGGUCUGCGAUAGACCUAAAGAUUCGAGACGAAUCCAUCAAUUGGGGCGAAUUAGUAUCCAAGCAUUAUUUGAGUGUAUACGUACAAGCUACCAAUCCUGGUAGCGAAACGUCAACAUCCUUUGUUGUAGUUGAGAUUGAACAGUUACAGCAACCUCAAUUUGCUCAAUCUUCGGCCCACGGGUAUAUUGCUGCUGGCGAACGAGAGGUACAGUUUUUGGAAGGAUCGGAACUUAGGAUAGUGACCGACAGCACCCAACCAGGCUAUCAGUGGAAUCUAGUCGGGGACGACUAUCAGCUAUUCGAUGGAUCGUUAACAGACGAUUUGUUUAAAUUUACUCUCAAAGAAUCUAUUUCCGAUGAACAACAGUCCAGGACGGUUUUCAAAUUUAGAGUUACUCUAAAAAAUCCCACGGGCAAGGAAGUCGAUUCCAUCGUUGUAGUUAAUCGUCAGCUGUCCGUACCCCAGUUUUCCAAGAACAUCUACACCGGUACGUUCGAUCAGGAUCUACGCUUAUCAUUGGCUGAUACGAUAGAGCUAACGCAAGCCAGCUAUGCUAACGGAAUCCUUGUGUCGGUGAUCGAAUCAAAUGUGGACUUUCUGUCAUUAGAACAGACUGGUCGAAGUAUCAAGCUGAAGCUUUCUCGUUCGAUUUCGAUAAGCGAUUUUCAGGGUCUGGAAAUGGUACGCCUUGUUCUAUUAGCCAAAGCUUCAGAUGACAUCUGGAGUACUUGCUCUGUUACGUUGAACGUUCCCGAAGGAACACCUUGCAUUCCCUUGCCACCGGUGGUUGAUUGCUCUAGUUGCUAUAACUGCACAACGGGAGGUGUCCUGGAGGAUGUGCCUGUAUUUGCGUACGGUAAUUUCCGAUUUCAAUUACGGAGCGAUACUGCCGGUCCAAUUGGUUCAGUGACCGCUACAGUGAAGGACCCAACGGCCGUUGUUCAGCAUAGCAUAGAUGUAGAAGAUGCUUACUUACAAUCGCAACUCUCUAUAACGCCCGAAGGACUACUAAUCAUAGCGAAUCCAAUCAUACCAAACGUAUAUCAGUUCCUUGUACACGCGACGAAUACAGCCGCUGGAAAGAAGGCCACGGCAAACGUUUGGCUAGAUGUACUGAACCGAUUCGAAUGUACCGAAGGUGAUAAGCAACCCACAGUCGAUCAAGUAAUGAUAGUGCAGCAUCUGGAAGAAGAGCGACCAUAUGCAUCCAUCUUGUCAACACAGUUGAACCCAUCCUGUUCGUAUGAACUGAUCAGCGAAUAUCCUACCGACAACCAACAGCCUUACUUUUACAUCGACCUCGAAACAAUGUGGCUUGCCUCAAGAAGCUUCGAUCGGGAAAAUGAAGAUCUGUUUGAAGGCAUGCAAAUACCACAGUUCAAGCUCGUAAUGAAAUUGAAAUGUCUCGAGAUGGACGAAACACAUGAACAAGAUCGACGAUCGCUAGUGAAACGAUCGCUCAUUGAAACGGAUACAAUAAACUACGCAUCAGAUAUUACAAUUGUGAGCAUUGUUGUGGAUGAUAUUAACGAUAACGAUCCAGUCUUCGUGGAGCCCGCUAUCGUAUCUGGAAACGCAGUACAACUUGGUUUUCCCGAACCAUCGUUAGCUAACAGGCUGAUGCUAGCUGGGUUGAUAGCCAUCAAAGCUACUGAUGCGGACGAAGGUUUAAAUGGAAAAGUUAGAUACAGUUUGUCUGAAAAUGUGCACUUCAUGAUACACCCCGAAACUGGAUCAAUUGAACCAACGAAAGAUGCUCUACGAGACUCCAAUCGCAUUGAUCUAACGGCGUUUGCUACCGAUCGUGAUGGAGCCCUGGACGGGCGUACUACACAACUUGUACUAACAGUGCAUCGGCUAAAUGAAAAUCACAUAGCAUUUGUAACUGUAACUGCAGCUGAUGAAGCUACCGUUCUGGAUAUAAUCGAGCAAGUAAAUAUUCAACGAGAUUUUCACCUGAAGGUACUUCGUCAAGCUUAUAUUCCUGAAACAGUAGAAGCGCGCGUUCACGUAAGCCGCUAUCCUUCAGCUGCACGUGAUAUUGAAGCGUCACUAAGUACUAUGCGUUUGAUAGUGUACGCGUUGAAUGAUAAUAAUCAACUGCUAAAUACGGACGACAUUCGAAACGCCAUAAGAACCGUAUUUCCAAGCAUUGCAACUACAGCAAUAACAUCAUUCAAUGAUGCCAUUUGCUAUGGCAAUAGUACGAAUCCCUCCUGCCCUUCGAACCCUAACUGUCCAGAAGAAUUAACGGGUCGCUCUAGCAAUGGUGGCCUGAUAGCUUCGACUUCAGUGCUGGGUGGACUGCUUCUCAUCAGCUUAACGAUUAUAAGCGUGCUGUACCUGCGGUACAUUAGACCUUUAUCGAAAGGAACCGACAGCAACACCUCUGAUAUAGUGCAGCUUGAAAACGACUUCGACGCCACUCCACCGCCAUCGCCAGCGACAUCAGGUGGCAAGAAGGAUCCGAUUGCUGACCCACCGAUGCUAGAGGAUCGGAAAAUAUCGAUCAACAUUGUCGGUAUUACUAUGCAAGAGUCCGAAGAUACCAAUACGGACACUAACCGUUUGGCACGCUCAUUAACCGACCGGUUGGAUGAAGAAGAUGAGUAUGGUGCCGCUAUUUUCGGACCGUCGGGUCAGGAUACGUUCAGCGAACCGAAAAAUGUUAAAUUUAACGAAAUAGUCGAACGGAUAGAGGUUGAAGAGCAUCACAGUGAUGAGGAUAAUGAUGAAUCAGUAUACGAAGAACGAUUGUAGUGAAUGAAGUUAUUAUUUAAAAAUUAGUUUUAAUGUACAUGAUGUACACAAAAAAUAUUGUACAAAUUAAAAACGACACAAUAAAACUUAAUACAGCGCAAUAGCUAUGAGGGCGAUACUCGAAAAA